AUAUCAUCUUUGGUCGGCACUUAAAGUUGACGUUUCCCUCGGCCGUUGGACAGACAGCUCGUACGCUGGGCUGUGCCUACCCGUGACUGAUCCCAGUCGUCGUGGUUCCCCACUUAGCUAGCUAUUAGCUCUGUGUGUUUUUACUGAGAAGACGUAGGCUGUACAGAAACAUAUCAGGGUCCUUUCUGUGGGCAGCACUCUUUCUCCCUCCUCCUGGUUUUUCUUUUUCUUUUCAUUUUUUUUGGUCUAAUUUUGGUGAGGAGAAAGAAACUUUGCCGUCACAGAGCUGCAACCUGUUUUUUUGAUGAUCUGGGGUCAGUCUGUACCCACCGACGGACACAAGCCUUUUGAGUCUAAGGGAUCACUGGCAGAAACAUGAGCACAGCCAGGCCCAGUGGGAUCAAAGGGCCCAGCAAGAUAGCUAGGCCACCUGGGACAGCAGCCCCCAAGACCAACCCCAGCACAGCGGGAGUUAAAGCUGCUGCGGCCGACAAAUCAGCCGCAAGUGCCAGUGGAGGAGAUGCCGGGGAGAGUGCUGGGGAGAGCUUCCAGAUUGGGGAGCGAGUAUGGGUAAAUGGGAAUAAGCCAGGCCACAUACAGUUUUUGGGAGAGGCACAGUUUGCUCCCGGCCAGUGGGCAGGGAUUGUUCUAGAUGAGCCAAUUGGGAAGAAUGAUGGGUCAGUGGCAGGGGUGCGCUACUUCCAGUGUGAAGCCCUGCGAGGAAUUUUUACCCGCCCAUCCAAGUUGUCACGCACAGAGGGCGAGGCUAAUGGAACUGAGACGGCACCCCCCUCCCGUGCUGCAUCACCCACUCCUUCAGUUAGCAGCGUAUCCUCGCAUACACCUGCCACAAAAUCAACAUCACCUACCACUGCAACCAAGAAGGCCUCGUCCACUACACCAGCUACGCCAGCUACACCAUCCUCCAACCUCCCACGCACAAACAGUGAAUCUGUCUCCAACCUCUCAGAGACUGGAUCUGUCAAAAAGGGGGAAAGAGAGCUGAAGAUGGGUGACAGAGUAUUGGUUGGUGGUACAAAGGCAGGAGUGGUACGUUUCCUUGGAGAAACAGAUUUUGCCAAAGGCGAGUGGUGUGGUGUGGAAUUGGAUGAGCCUCUAGGAAAGAAUGAUGGGGCAGUGGCGGGCACAAGAUAUUUUCAGUGUCAACCCAAGUAUGGUUUAUUUGCUCCAGUGCACAAAGUCACACGCAUUGGCUUCCCUUCCACCACGCCAGCCAAAGCAAAAACAACGGUUCGGAAAGUAGUGGCCACACCAUCAGGGCUAAAGCGAAGCCCUAGUGCCUCCUCCAUCAGUACCAUGAGUUCUGUGGCAUCCUCUGUCAGCGCCAAGCCCAGCCGCACAGGCCUGCUAACAGAAACAUCAUCACGGUAUAAUCGUAAGAUUUCAGGCACCACAGCCUUGCAGGAGGCCCUAAAGGAGAAGCAGCAGCACAUUGAGCAGCUAAUGGCUGAGAGGGACAU